AUGCGUGCUACACAGCUUCUCGCUCUCGCUGGCCUCAUGCUUGCCGGCAACGUCGCCAUCGCCUCCAAGCUAGACCACGACGAUGUCCCCAACCGCUGCUGGAAUGCCUGUGGCUCCGUUGUGGGAACCUCCAAGAGCUGUGAUGCUAGACAUGACAAUGAUUCCGCCGAGCUCAAGUGCAUCUGUGACUGGGAGUCUGCCAAAACACAGAUUCCACUCUGUGCUGCUUGCAUCACCCAGUACCAAACUGACCGCAACAUCACCAACACUGAUCACGACCACGAUCACGACCGCGACAAUGACAACGACCGUGACAACGACCGUGGCAAUGAUAACGACCGUGAUGACGACAACACCAAGCGCGACUACAAUGACGAUGAUGACGAUAACGAGGCUCUCGACCUCGUCCACUCCUGCUCAUUCAGCACAACCACCUACAACUCCGCAGCAGCCACUACUGUGAGCGGCACCACCACUGGCACAGGAACUGGAACUGCUGUCUCCACCGAAGCCACCCCGACAGACGGUACACGCUCCAGCAGUUCCAACAGCCAGGACUCGACUAGUUCCGGAUCCGGGUCUGGCUCCAGCUCCUCAGGCACUGAUAGCUCGAGUGCCUCGUCGUCCACCCCGACUCCCGAUGCUGCCCCUGGCUUGGUAGCUCCUGGUGCUGUGUCCAUGGCCGGUCUUGUUGGAUUGAUCGCCUUUGCUUGGGUGUAA